CCGCUUUCUCUGCCAUCAGAACCAAAAACCAAACACAUAGAGAAACCACAAUCACCAUUCACGAAGAGCGAGAUUUGCCAUUUUCGGCAAAGAAGUGUUUACUUUAGGGUUUCUAGUUGCUCCUGAAGCAACCAAUGAAGUGAAAUCGCGGCGGAACUUUUCAGAUUGACGAAUUGAAUCAAAGUUCUUGAAAAUGGCUUCUGUGGGAACGUUACCUGCUUCAUCUAUGGCUACUAAACAAAGCAAUGCUUCCAUAUGCGCUGACAAACUACCUGAAGGGAUUAAUGAGAUGAAGAUUAAAGAUGAUAAGGAAAUGGAAGCUGCUGUGGUUGAUGGGAAUGGAACUGAAACGGGUCACAUUAUUGUUACAACUAUUGGUGGUAAAAAUGGCCAGCCUAAACAGACCAUAAGCUAUAUGGCAGAGCGCAUCGUUGGACAAGGUUCUUUUGGAAUCGUCUUUCAGGCCAAGUGUUUAGAAACGGGGGAAACUGUUGCAAUCAAGAAAGUUUUGCAAGACAAGAGAUACAAGAACCGUGAGCUGCAGACGAUGCGGCUUCUUGAUCACCCUAAUGUUGUAUCCCUCAAGCAUUGUUUCUUCUCAACGACAGAAAAAGAUGAUCUGUAUCUCAAUUUGGUCCUUGAAUAUGUUCCUGAGACGGUUUAUCGUGUCUCUAAGCACUACAGUCGGGCAAAUCAGAGAAUGCCCAUGAUAUAUGUUAAACUCUAUACUUAUCAGAUUUGCAGAGCUUUGGCAUAUAUUCAUGGAGGAGUAGGAGUCUGCCACAGAGACAUAAAACCACAGAAUCUUCUGGUUAAUCCUCAUACCCAUCAGGUCAAGCUCUGCGAUUUUGGUAGCGCAAAAGUUCUGGUCAAAGGCGAACCAAACAUCUCAUAUAUCUGCUCCCGUUACUAUCGAGCACCUGAACUUAUUUUUGGAGCCACGGAAUAUACAACUGCAAUUGACAUAUGGUCUGCAGGCUGUGUCCUUGCUGAAUUGCUGUUGGGACAGCCACUUUUUCCAGGUGAAAGUGGAGUCGACCAGCUAGUCGAGAUAAUUAAGGUUCUUGGAACACCAACUCGGGAGGAAAUCAAAUGUAUGAAUCCAAACUACACUGAAUUCAAAUUCCCUCAAAUAAAGGCUCAUCCUUGGCACAAAAUAUUCCAUAAGCGUACACCUCCAGAAGCUGUAGACCUCGUCUCAAGACUUCUCCAGUAUUCUCCAAACCUCAGAUCAACCGCUAUGGAGGCAAUAGUUCACCCGUUCUUCGAUGAGCUACGUGAUCCCAAUACACGUCUUCCCAAUGGUCGUCCCUUGCCUCCUCUGUUCAACUUUAAACCUCAAGAACUCAAAGGAGCAAGCUUAGAGUUGUUGGCCAAGAUUAUACCUGACCACGCCAGAAAACAAUGUUCCUUCCUGGCUAUCUAAAUCUCUCUGUGUCUCCCGGUUUAUGUGUGUGUAUGUAGGCACAAAUGCAUAUGCUUAUCGCUAAGCAAUGGAGUUAGCUUCUCAGGAUUAUUAUUAGUUUUUCAUAUUUCAUGCGUCUCUGCUGUUAAUUGUCUUGGAUGACAGACAUUAUUUUUUAAUCAGAAGCUAUGUACCUUAUUAUAUACAAUGGUUAAUGUAUUGUAUUAUUAUGUAUGUAACGAUCUCCGAGUAGCUGCAGUCAUGUUGGAUAAUGGAUACUAAAUUAGUAUGAAUUAACCUUCUCGGUCGUCACGUA